UUGCAGACAUUGGGUACGGAAACAUACAGGCCCAGCUCAGCCUCACAGUGUGUGGCUGGCAUUGCCUGUGCCGAGAUUCCCAUGAACCAGUGGCCUGAACUCAUUCCUCAGCUGGUAGCUAAUGUUACAAAUCAACACAGCACUGAGCACAUGAAAGAGUCAACGUUGGAGGCAAUUGGUUACAUCUGUCAGGAUAUUGAUCCAGAGCAGCUUCAGGACAAAUCCAAUGAAAUUCUCACAGCCAUUAUCCAAGGGAUGCGAAAGGAGGAACCCAGUAACAAUGUGAAGCUAGCAGCUACUAAUGCACUCUUGAACUCUUUGGAAUUCACCAAAGCAAACUUUGACAAAGAGUCUGAAAGGCACUUUAUUAUGCAAGUAGUCUGUGAAGCAACGCAAUGUCCAGAUACAAGGGUACGAGUGGCUGCCUUACAGAACUUGGUGAAGAUAAUGUCCCUUUAUUAUCAGUAUAUGGAAACAUAUAUGGGUCCUGCUCUUUUUGCCAUCACAAUCGAAGCAAUGAAAAGUGACAUUGACGAGGUGGCUCUGCAGGGAAUAGAAUUCUGGUCAAACGUCUGUGAUGAGGAAAUGGAUCUGGCUAUUGAAGCAUCUGAGGCAGCAGAACAAGGAAGGCCUCCAGAGCACACUAGCAAAUUUUAUGCUAAGGGAGCACUACAGUAUCUGGUCCCAAUUCUCACACAGACACUAACUAAACAGGAUGAAAACGAUGACGAUGACGACUGGAAUCCCUGUAAAGCAGCUGGCGUUUGCCUCAUGCUUCUGGCAACCUGCUGUGAAGAUGACAUUGUUCCUCAUGUGCUGCCCUUCAUUAAAGAACACAUUAAAAACCCAGAUUGGCGAUACAGAGAUGCAGCUGUCAUGGCUUUUGGGUGUAUUUUGGAAGGGCCAGAGCCCAACCAGCUCAAACCACUAGUUAUUCAGGCCAUGCCCACUCUAAUAGAACUAAUGAAAGAUCCUAGUGUGGUGGUUCGAGAUACGACUGCAUGGACUGUGGGCAGGAUCUGCGAGCUGCUCCCUGAAGCUGCCAUCAAUGACAUUUACCUCGCUCCGCUGUUGCAGUGUCUCAUUGAGGGCCUGAGUGCCGAGCCCAGAGUGGCUUCCAAUGUGUGCUGGGCCUUCUCUAGUCUGGCUGAAGCUGCCUAUGAAGCAGCAGAUGUAGCAGAUGAUCAAGAAGAGCCAGCAACCUACUGUUUAUCCUCCUCGUUUGAGCUAAUAGUUCAGAAACUCCUGGAGACCACAGACAGGCCGGAUGGACACCAGAAUAACCUGCGGAGUGCUGCAUAUGAAGCUCUGAUGGAAAUAGUGAAAAACAGUGCCAAGGACUGUUACCCUGCUGUCCAGAAGACGACUUUGGUCAUUAUGGAGCGGCUGCAGCAAGUGCUGCAGAUGGAGUCCCAUAUCCAGAGCACAUCAGACAGAAUCCAGUUCAAUGAUCUUCAGUCUCUACUAUGUGCUACUCUACAGAAUGUUCUCCGGAAAGUGCAGCACCAGGAUGCUUUGCAGAUCUCUGAUGUGGUUAUGGCAUCUCUGUUGAGAAUGUUCCAGAGCACGGCUGGAUCAGGGGGAGUGCAAGAGGACGCCCUCAUGGCAGUCAGCACCCUGGUGGAAGUCUUGGGUGGAGAGUUUCUGAAGUAUAUGGACGCCUUCAAACCCUUCCUGGGCAUUGGACUGAAGAACUACGCAGAGUACCAGGUUUGUCUGGCUGCAGUAGGCCUAGUUGGAGACUUAUGUAGAGCCCUGCAGUCCAACAUCUUGCCUUUCUGCGACGAGGUUAUGCAGCUGCUCUUGGAGAACUUGGGGAAUGAGAAUGUCCAUAGGUCUGUGAAGCCUCAGAUUCUCUCUGUGUUUGGUGAUAUUGCCCUGGCCAUCGGAGGAGAGUUUAAAAAAUAUCUAGAGGUUGUAUUGAAUACUCUCCAGCAGGCCUCGCAAGCCCAGGUCGAUAAGUCGGACUAUGACAUGGUGGACUACCUGAAUGAGCUGAGGGAGGGCUGUCUGGAAGCUUACACUGGCAUCAUUCAGGGACUGAAGGGAGACCAAGAAAAUGUGCAUCCGGAUGUGAUGCUGGUGCAGCCCAGAGUAGAAUUUAUUCUGUCUUUCAUCGACCACAUUGCUGGAGAUGAGGAUCACACAGAUGGAGUAGUAGCUUGUGCUGCUGGGCUGAUAGGGGAUUUGUGUACAGCAUUUGGAAAGGAUGUACUGAAAUUAGUAGAAGCUAGACCCAUGAUACAUGAACUUCUAACUGAAGGAAGAAGAUCCAAGACAAACAAAACAAAAACCCUUGCUACCUGGGCAACUAAAGAACUGAGAAAACUGAAGAAUCAAGCUUGAUCUGUUACCAUUGGGAUGACACCCGAGACCCCCACUGGAAAUCUCCACUCUUUUGAAAAAACCCGGAAGUGAGGAGUGUGCACGGAUGCUGAAUGUUUGGGAAUGAGAGGAUGAGUGAGUGAGGCUUGAAACACACCACAUUGAAAAUCCCGGCACAGCAACAACAGCAGCAGCGCUGUUAGUGAGCUGAGCACUGACUUGCGUAGAAAACCUGACAUCGGCCGUCUUCAGGAAGAGGGAACGACUGGUUUCUAUCAAAAAUAAGCAGUCUCUUCUUCCGACAGAGACUAGAACUAGCUUUUCUGUCUUUUGGCCAGUGCGAAGUGGAAUGACUAGUUUCCUAGAGAGGAAACUAGGUUCACCUGUGGUGCUCUUUGUUUGAGGUCUGGCUUUUGCUGCUGAAGAGAGAUGGAGUCUGGGUCUCUGGCCCGCCUUCUGUAACCUUUGCCACACAAUGCUGUCAGUGCAUGGGAUAAAAGGAGGGGUGAAGGAUUUUCAGUCUAAGAGUGAGUGUGUGUGAAUGAGGCGGUAUCCACAUUCUCAACUUCAAGUCAUUGCAGUUUAUCUUUUCCCAAAAAAGGGUUAGCAGUUGCAUUUCAUAAACUAA